AUGGAGAGGCAGCCCAGCGGGGCGCUCUCGGACAGGACGGCGGCCGCUGUUAAGCCCCCGAGGCUCCGAGGGACCAUCGUUCAGCAUGACAAAGUGCCGGGGUCCUCGGAGGACUGCCAGGACACCGCUGUGGACUCCACCAUACAAUCCUCCGCCUGCAUGCUGACGUGCGUGCGUGUGUGUGUCUCUUGUUCUUUCUCUCCAGGGCUGCUGAUCGGCUCGGGUUGUGCCCUCUACCCCCUGGGCUGGGACAGUGAGGAGGUUCGACAGACCUGCAACAACAGCUCGGACCAGUUCCAACUGGGGUCGUGUCAGAUCGGCUGGGCGUACUACUGCACCGGGGCCGGGGCGGCCAUGGCCAUGCUGCUCUGCACCUGGCUGGCCUGCUUCGCCGGGAAGAAACAGAAGCAGUACCCGUACUAGAGAGGCGGCCCCGGGUCCAGAAUGACGGACCCAAACGCUUCCAGAUUGGAGAGAGAGAGAGAGAGAGAGAGAGAGAGAGAGAGAGAGAGAGAGAGAGAGAGAGAGAGAGAGAGAGAGAGAGAGAGAGAGAGAGAGAGGGAGAGAGAUCUCGGCUUCCUAGGACCCCGUAACAGAACCGUAUAGCACAGCGAGGCCCCCCCGCAGCACAGAACCCACCGGAACCCCAGGCGCCAUGGCAACACCGUUACCCCUGGCAACAGCCGGGACAACCCCUGGAUACGGUUCCCUUGACAACCCUGGAACUCUUUCACAGUGUAGCCCAAGUUAACGGUACACUCUGUAUCCCUGAAAACCACUUGGACAACCCCUUAUCACCGUUUCUCGGGGAACCGCGGGACUGUGUCACGGUGCAAUGUACUGUAAAUACACUCAGUUACCCUGGCAACUACUGGGACAACCCCUUGAUAACGUAUCCCUGGCAACCCCAGGGACUGUUUAACAGCGUAUCAUAAAUACACAAUACACAUCUUUUCCCUGACUGUACCCUGACACCGUUCCCAUGACAACCCCAUGGUACCGUUUCAUAGUGUAGCGUAAAUACACUAGCUUUACAAAACAGGUACGACUCCUGAGGUUUCUUUUUCUAAAGAAAAACAGAAAAAAAUAGACGGACCAAUCCUCUUUGUAUAAUGGCUAUGUAACUCUUUCUGUUUUUUCGAAGAGGGAAUGAUCUUUUAGUGUCGGAGCUGUUGUGGAUGUCGUGAUGUUGUACCCGCCCUGUGACAAAGCGAGUGCCUGCGUGGCUUCAGAGUCUAUGUGUUUCUGCAUUCUCCCCAUCGGCUCAGCUUUGCCUUAACUACAGACUGAAAAACGCAAUAAAUCUCACUGAUAAUCCACCCAGCACACAGCCUGCAUUUUAAACAAAGCCAUUUGGGAUUAUACACAAAAAAAAACUGAUUAUAGUUUUAUUUAACUUUACGUUUACUCUCAAGAUGUGAGUUGUGUCUGAUAUUGUAUUUUAUCCUAUUAGCACAUGUUUUGUAUUCACACACUAUACUUUGACAUUGUUUUUUUGUUUUUGUAAAUAAAUGUUUAUGGGAA